UGGGAUUCUCCGCCGAACUCCCGCUAAUUACCCAGUAAAUUCAUCGUCAAGGGAGACAGGAGGAGACCCGGCGACAGUGUAUUUUGUUUUUUUUCGUCUGCAUGAGGUCGUGUUACCGGUCAGAUGCAGACGGCGCCAAGGUUGUGGCGGUCAGGUGCGACAAGCUACAUAGUCCACACGGACUGGUGGCGCAAUAGUGCGACAAUGCGGAGGAAGUAAUGAGUAGCAGAGAUUUGGCUGGGAGGGUUAAAACAGGGAGAAGUGCCGGAAGAGAGGAGAGAAGUGGAACGGGGGGAGGGAGGGAGCAUGAGCAUCAUCAACGAAGGGAAGGAGUCUAUUAUUCGCCGACGAAAACUUCUGAAGAGGGAGGAGAGGGAGGAGAGGCAGGAGAGGGAGGAGAGGGAGCAGAGGGAGAGGGAGGAGAGGGAGGAGAGGGAGGAGAGGAGGGAGACGGAGGAGAAGGAGGAAGGAAGGGAGGAGGAAGGGAGGAGCGAUUUUUACACCUGUGAUCGUAGAGCCUAGUAACGGGAUGGUGUAAAUUAAUUAAAUUAACUAAUGGCCUUUAAUUAAGAAGAUAAGGGGGGUUAUUGCCGUCUGUUGUUCAACCAUUCUUUUGGUUUAUGUAAACGAGAAAAAAAAAAAGUUGGAUUCCGUUGUGGCGAACUUGCCAAUCACCGCUCUACCAGCUCUUUACUGGAUUACCUAUUUUAGAAAUUCUGAAUCAUGUAUAUAGAACUUGUCUGUUCCGACCCCUUGCCCCGAGAUAUGUACCUUUUCAGCCAGCACACCUAUUUGGGAAACCCGGCAAACGAAAUCAUGCGAGAAUUCCAUGAGGUUCG